ACCACGGACAGCGCCGUCCAGCCCCGCGGGCAGCGCCGCUGACCACAGCGGUGAGGGGGCGGCCCCGCCCGGCAUGCGCGCCCCCCGCCCCGCCGUGCUGCCGCUCGCUGCCCCUGCCCCGCACAGGCGGACCCCGAGGAGAUGGAGCCAGAGCCGGCCCUGAACGACAGCCUGGCGGCGGUCCCCUGGAUGCCCGCCCGCGGUGGGAACGCCUCGCUGGAGCUGGCGUCGCGGCCCCCUGCGCCCACCACUAUCAACCCCUGGGAUGUGAUGCUGUGCGUCUCCGGCACCGCCAUUGCCUGCGAGAAUGCCAUCGUGGUGGCCAUCAUCUGUUACUCGCCCACCCUGCGCACCCCCAUGUUCGUGCUUGUUGGGAGCCUGGCCACCGCUGACCUGUUGGCCGGGCUCGGCCUCAUCCUCAACUUUGUUUUCCAGUACGUGAUCCGCUCUGAGACCGUCAGCCUCCUCACGGUGGGCUUCCUCGUCGCCUCCUUCGCUGCCUCUGUGAGUAGCUUGCUGGCCAUCACGGUUGAUCGCUACCUCUCCCUCUACAACGCCCUUACCUACUACUCAGAGAGGACAGUGCUGUGCAUCCACACCAUGCUGGUGGGCACCUGGGGGGUGUCCCUCUGCCUGGGGCUGCUGCCGGUCCUGGGCUGGAACUGCCUCCAUGACCGCUCUGCCUGCAGUGUUGUCAGACCCUUGACCAAGAGCAAUGUGACUCUGCUGUCCGCCUCUUUCUUUCUCAUUUUUAUCAUCAUGCUCCAUCUCUACAUUGAAAUCUGUAAAAUAGUUUGCAGACAUGCCCAUCAGAUAGCUCUUCAGCAACAUUUUCUGACUGCAUCGCACUAUGUUGCUACCAAAAAGGGAGUGUCUACUCUUGCUAUAAUUCUUGGGACUUUUGGAGCAAGCUGGCUACCUUUUGCCAUAUACUGUGUGGUCGGGGAUCCCAACUACCCUUCUGUGUACACUUACGCCACACUUCUACCUGCUACCUACAACUCCAUGAUCAAUCCUAUCAUUUACGCCUACAGAAACCAAGAAAUUCAGAGGUCCAUGUGGGUUCUCUUCUGUGGCUGCUUUCAGUCUAAAGUGUCCUUUCGCUCCCGAUCCCCUAGCGAUGUCUGAGUGACUUUUCUCUUUGUAGUACUGCACCAAGUGACAAUCUACUUAGUGAAUUAUUACAGUGCCUGUUAUAAACUUCAAACUAUGUCGUGAAGUCAUUGGAAACAUGCUUAAAUAUUAGCACUUUAUACAAGUUUGUAUUUUUGAGAGUGUUCAGGGUAUGGAAUUUUCAGUUCUGUGAAAAAAUGUGGUUGUAUAUUAAUUUUCACAUCACAUUUGUAAGGUGAAGACAUUCCGAUACUGCUUAAUUAUAGCACCUUAUUUCUAGCUGCUGACCUGCCAAAACAGUGUUGCCUUUCUGAAGGGCAGAGAGAAAGAAAGUUGGGUUUUGUGUUGUAUUAGUGUGUGUGUGUGUGUUGGGGGAGAGGGGGUGUAUGUAUGUAUGUGUGUAACAAUACAUUGCUGCACAAUGUUGAUAAAUUAUAACAUUUUGUACACAAAUAAAAGCAUUUAAGAUGUAAAAA